UAUAUCUGCAUUGCUGGACCUGUCUCAGGCAUCACUUCCACAAAACUUGAAUCACAUUGGUCAAGGCACUGAGAUUUGUUUGGCAUGCCUCUAACCCUCAUGCAAUAGCACAUUGGUUUCUGUGUCUUUUUUUAACAGAGAAUCUUAAAUUCCACAACAGUGUUGUUGUAUUCUAUUUAAUCUCCAACAGGAUACACUGACGAGCCUGAUGGGGAAUGUGAGAGCAUAUUAGCAUAGUCUUCAUCAAAUUAAACAAGGUUGUCGCUGACGUUGUGUUGAAAGGAGGAGUUUCUUGCCUUUCCUACAUAAGAUCUCUUUUUAUUCUGUUGUCUUCUUGUUCAGCACAAAAUUGUGCUAUCCCUUGGCUAUUUGAAUUCUGGCAGGUGGAGUGAUAUCAUAAAGAUGCACAUCUGAAGAGUUAACUUUGUAUCAUUGGUUCAAAAUUAUUUCAACUUUGCUGAAGCUAAAUAGAUCACCGAUGGAGAAGUUUGUUAGGUCCUGUGACAAAGAAUACAUGAGGAUGGCUAUGUUAAAACAUGAAGAAACUUUCAAAGAACAGGUAUAUGAACUUCAUCGUUUGUAUCGGAUCCAAAAGAUACUGAUGCAAAAUAUGGAAGCAAGAGGAGGUGUUGAUGUAAGCGAAAGAGCAUGGUAUUUCAAGAAUGCCGUAAGUUUGACUCAAAAUGCUAAUCAUAUAGGUGCACAAGAAAAGCUUCAAAUGAAAUUUGAUCUUGAACGGCCUGCAGAGGAGCACAUUGCAGAAUCAGAUGAUGGAGUGCUAGAGAUCAUAGAUGAGACUGAGAUUGAGUUAACAUUAGGCCCCUCAAGUUACAACCGUAGGAAGAAAGCUGAGACAGCACUAACUUCAGAUUCAGGACAUAGCUUGUCUUCUUCUUCUACUGGAUCCAGCCAUAUAAACAAGACAAGAUGCAAGACCCAUCAUAGCAAUCUUACAACAAGAGAAGAAUCAAGUGGAAGCAUAAUACGCCUUGUCCAGGUGCCGGAUUCAACCUCAGGGUUCCAAAGUGGAAUUAGAAACAGUUUUGAAGAACAAUUAAGACAAGAGAGAUUAAAACAGUCACCUUGGCUUUUUCAAGUAUUGAAUCUGAAUAUGACUUAAAAAAAAAUCUAAGGUCAAUGUGAUAUAUUUAAGUUUCUGUUUAUGAGUUAAGACUAACUUUGUGAAUGAUGUUUGUGUGGAAUGUUCUGCCAAGUUAUCAAGUGUGGUGGGGUUUGAUAGAUGAUAUCUCGCAUAAAUUAUCACUUUUUUCUGUGUCCAGACCCAAUACUGUUCACAAAUCACACUGAUAUUUAUUUGGUCCAACAGCCACUCACAUUACAAUCAUCCUUUCAUGAAUUAUGGUGGACGGCCAUAUGUUGAGUUUAUUAAAUUCCAACAGUU